CGCUGCAGAGUUUUGUGUUGCUCCCACCUAUGCCUGCUCGAAGAACAUUCCACACCGGACCGGAGCUCUUCCUGGUGACAACAUGAGGUGAGACACACACUUUCAAAGACCUCUCUGCUGCUCGCCGUCAAGAUUGCCGCAUGUUGAAGCUCUACAUUGAAAACCAAAAGAACACCGGUAAAGCACUUGCUUUUGUCUUUCUCAAAUCUUCGAGGUCUGCACAAACGCGCUUGCAAGCAAGCAUGGAUCUUGGAAGUGAGUUUCCCAAGAAUAGACCAUGUUAUGGUAACCAGGGGGAAAAAGAGGUAUCUCCAAGCAGGCUAGAGGAGGUCCGCGCUGAAGAGCAUUUCCAGCGUAGAGCUGGAAAGGAAGUGGAGGUUGAGGUGGAAGCGAGACGUAAAGAAGGCAGCAGCCCAGAAGGAUGUGGCCCUGAUGGAGGGAGGUUUGAGGAGGAGGAGGUGGAGGAGGUGGAGGAGGUGGGAGGUUGUGAAACUGGACCAGGUUCAGCAGGGAGAUGGGAUUUCAUGAAGGUCAUUGAGAAGAUAAGGUCUGGCAUUGCACCAGAUGCCGGAGGGGUGAAGAAUGUCCUGCCGUCCUCAACCAUUGAGCUCGUGGAGCAGUCGUUUUGCCGGUGGGAGGCAUGAGGAUGAGAUACUCUCCUCUGUUGCAUUUUUCCUAGCGGAGCUGUGGAGAUGUGUGUUUGUUCCAAAGCCAUGGGAAGAGCGGAUCGUACUGGCACUUCCUUCCCUGGAGAAGCUUCUAGAAUCGGCCGCAAACUUCAACGAGACAGUACGGUUGUUCUGUGUGUGCUUCAUGCAGAGGUACAAAGACCCUUUCAGUCCAGCAGGAAGAUUAAAUGACCUCGUUAAGCUUGCGAAG